AUGAAACUUUUCCUCUGCCUUCUCUUGGGUGUCAAUGCCCUCUUAGGCCUGGCCCUGGCUGCUAGCCCGCGACCUAUUGAAAAUCUAGGACGUGGCGUUGUUGCCGUUCGGUCAAGCGAAGACGACAUCCUGGUCACCUGGAGACUUCUCGGCCUUGAUCCAGACGGCAUUAGCUUCAACGUCUAUCGUGCAACCAAUAACGAUGGGCCGAAACGUCUGAACUCAAAGGCACUCACCGGCGGGACCAACUUUGUCGAUUCGACUGCGGAUACAGGGUCGGCCAACACGUACACUGUUCGAGCUGUCGUGAAUGGCAAAGAACAGAAGGCAUCUGGCUCAUUCACCUUGCCACCUGAUAACGCAGUGGAACCAGUUGUACGCAUACCCUUGCGACCCGGAAGCACUAUUAAAUAUGUCUGGGUGGGCGACCUCAACGGCGACGGUGAGUGGGAUUUUGUCAUUGACCGACAUUCCACGCAACAGUCAAUCGAGGCGUAUACCAGCAACGGUACAUUCCUUUGGGAUGUAAAACUAGGUCCUGGCAGUGAGAAUCAGAACAAUAUCUCGCCAGGUCCCUCAACCAUCGAUGUUGGCCAUUGGGACGGCGUCACUGUGUUUGACUUUGACAGUGACGGUUUCGCCGAAGUUGCGAUCCGGGUCUCUAAUGGAGUCACUUUUGGGGAUGACGAGAAGUUUACCAGUGGCAAAGACGACAAUCAGCAAUUCAUUGCUAUACUGGAUGGUCGAACAGGAGCUCUUCGUACUUCUUCUCCGUUACCUACCGAUUACGCAUCCGAUGGCCCCAUGGGUGCUCGACUGGGUGCUGGUUUCUUCGAUGGUAAAACACCUCACCUUUUCGCUUACCUAAAGAACCGUCGUCAGGACAAGAAUUUCAACCUACUCAUGCUGUCCUGGACGUUUGACGGCAAGGCGUUGAAGCAGCAGUGGAAGUGGGACCGUGGCACCAAGUAUUCGGAAUAUCCGGACGGACACAACAGUCGCAUUCUGGAUGUCGAUGGAGACGGGAAGGACGAGGUCUUUGAGAUCGGAUUUGCCCUCAACGGUGAUGGGACUGUCCGGUAUACUCUUCACGACCAAGGCGUUGUUCAUGGUGACCGUUUUCACAUCGCCAAGAUGGAUCCUAAACGGAGUGGUUUCCAGGGCUAUGGCAUACAACAGAACAAUGAGGGUCUCUUAUAUGACUACUACUACGACGCCACCAAUGGUAAAAUGAUAUGGAAACACAUUGGCGACGAAGUGAUCGACCUGGGACGUGGCAUGGUGGGUGACAUUGACCCUACUCACCCCGGAAUGGAGGUGUGGUCGACUACAGGGGGUCUCUACAACGCCAGGGAAAACAAGGUGGUAGAAGCCGAUACCGAACUUUGCCCAUGGCCGCAUCUGGGAAUCUGGUGGGAUGGUGAUGUCUUGCUAGAGUUGUUCAACGAUGGCAAGAUCGAGAAGUGGAACUGGGAGGAACCCUCUACGUCUAACAAGGUCCCUCGGAUCACGCAGAUUAGCAAGUUUGGUGGUGUCACCAAUGGGAGGAACCCGACCCUGAUCGGUGACAUCUUAGGAGACUGGCGAGAGGAGGUCAUCGUGACCAACGCGGACAUGGAUGAGUUACUCAUCUUCACCACUGACAAGCCAUCUGAUAUUCGGCUGUACACGCUUGCUCACAACCCGAACUACCGCAACGACCUGACGGUCAAAGGGUAUAUCCAGUCUCACCAUGUCGAUUACUUUCUGGGUCAGGGCAUGGAGCAGCCACCUCAGCCUAACAUUCGUUACACUCAGCGGGCAUAA